AUGGGUGCAAACGGGGUCACCGCUCUCAUUCUCGCGAGCGAAAAUGGGCAUCUAAAAGUUGUCAAACUUUUACUAGACCGAGGCGCGAUGGUUGACUCGGUGGACAAAGUUGGAGACAGCUCGCUCAUCUCUGCAGCGAUCAAUGGGCACGUCGCUGUUGUGAACUAUCUGGUGGAGAAGGGGGCCUUUAUUGAGCUGACCAACAGACAAGGGUGGACUGCA